AAUACUUUUUGGGCAAAUCCAACAUGGCGGACAUUUUGAACUCAACGUACUGUUCUGGACUGUCUUAUGAAACCAUUUUUUAGUGGUUGAACAAGCGAAACUCCCGUCAAACUCAAGAAUCGUUAGGAAAGGUCUAUCAAUACAAACAUGUUUUACAAGAGAAGGUUUCGUUUGCAAAUUAUCAAUGAACUUCGGAGCCGAGCUUGUUGAAAAUCUAUAUUUUAAUAGCUUAAGUUUAUCGCUUAUCGAUGGAUGUUGUGGAUGGCGAUGAGGAGACAGAACAAGCUCGCCAACGUGCUCUUCAUCUCGCUGCUGAAGUAGCUGAAACUGAUGACAGUAAUGUACCCGUUCUUUUACUGCAGCUGAAAGGUACGUUGACCUUUUUUACUCGUCGUAUCUAAACUGAGGCCCUGUUAGGGGGGGUGCCCGUGUCCCCCGUCUGAAUUUCACAGCCAGCUAUGUCGCAAUUUCGGAACAUUCUCGUGUCGCCUGUCGGAAUUUCAAUAAUAAUUUUUUAGCUCGUUGCCAGUCUGAUAAUCCGCAUUCGCUGCAACGACGCCAACGGAAUAUACGGCCUCUAUCUUAAGUACUUUUAAGCCCAGGGUUUUAAGACCUUUAUAAACGUUUGAUAUUCAUUCAGACUACUUGAAAUAGUAAUUGAAGUCAAUAAAAUUCCAUUUAGUAAACUAUACAAGUGUAGAGAUAUUUUUAAAAUGGCUUGGCGUGAAAUCGAGGCCUAAUCUGGCAAAACACUCGAGCUAUCAUAACGUUUCUAAAAUUCUUUUAGUGCAAGAGUCUAAUAUUUCUUCCGAGUUAAACUCUGAUUUAGUUGUCAGACUGUGCUUUUCCGUAACUAUAACAGCCCAGGAGGAAGGACAUUAUCAACCAUUCAUUAUCUGAAAGACAUGCGUUUACAAGAAGUCUGUGAAAAAUGAACUAAAGGUCCAGACGAUUUGGGCAGAUGACAGUUCUCCCGGAUGUUGUGCGAAGUGGUAUUCCUCCAAAGACGACGUCUGCUGGGUUUUCAUCAUCAUCAGAGUCGAGGUCGCUGUCCUCUUCACCGCCUUCUUUGUCUGGCAAAAGGUCCUCCACGUCAUUUUGCUAUGGAAGAAAUGUCUCGUAUGAUACCUCCGUCAAUUUCACAAAAUCGCACCCUUUUUCAAAAUGCUCUUCCCCCACUUUACUGACGAUAGCAUCUCGGUGGAUUCGUGCGCUUUCAUUCAAAGUAAACAGCAGACAGUCUUCAAAUGAAGAAACAAACAACUCAAUAUCACAAAAAGAAUUCUCUUCCUUGUCGCUGACAUCAGCUACGACAAUUCCAACAAAGAAGGGUCCCCUUUUCGGGUAUCCACGUAUGUGGUCGCGCUUGACGACCACAACACUGUUGGCCUCAAAUAACAUGGCUCCUCUGACCGCUUCCUGUUUCUCUAGCUGUGAGGUCGUCUGUGGUGGAAAAAUCUAAUGGUCUUGGAGGCUGAUCUGGUGUUGUGUAUGCGAACAAUGGAAAGGUACCUACAUUGUGCUUGGUACUUUGAUUUUGAAUGGUCAGUUGACGGACCGGUUUACCAAAGCUGCCCCUCCAGUCUCUCAUCAACCUCUGGUCAUCUACUGACGAUGGAACAGACGAAGAAGGUAGGUCUGGAAACGGGAGUUUCAUCUCAUCUGGUACUUCACAAUAAGUGUGUGGGGAAGUGUAGUAGACAAAGCCAAUGUCAGUGAGUUGUUUCAAUGACUCGCGAAUGGUGGGCGCUAAUAGAUAUGCAAACUCCAAGGCAGUUGGCAUGUCAUUUCUGGAGCGCAUUUGGCUGAAAAAGUUCUCCACAACAAGUGUCAAAGUGGCGACCAGUUUGAGAAAGCUGUUGAACCCUGGGUUGACGUCUUUCAGAAAAUCUCUCAAUGAACAUAAUGACUCGCUUUCUCUUUCCCUUUUUGUGUUUUUGUGUUUUCCCAUGCCGUUGAUGCAGUCAACGGCACUCCGACAACUCGCUAAUGACUUUGAUAGUGAUGUGUUUCAAUACCUUGCUUACCAUUUGGAACACCAAGAUGAACGCGAUCGAUAAAGAAAAAAAAUCUCUCUAACAGACCGAUGGAGCGCACACGUGGGUCAUGCAAGGAGAAGACCAUGAUACGCAAAGCGGCAAAGUCCUCAAAGGGAGUGAUGCACUGAACACGUCAAUCAAAUGAAAUGAACAAUCAAAACAGCAGUAAAAUGAGACGUAUUUCUGUUUGCCUUUAGCCAUUAUUGAUCAUUAUUAACUAAUUACUACCGAAUAGUGUACGCGCAAAUGUUCUGCACGACAUUCACAAUUCUGUCAAAAUUCGCUGUCGGUCUGUCUUGACAUUGGUGUCGUUUUCGCUAAUUCGUUGCAAUAGUCUGUCGGUCGUCGCCAGUUAGUGGCUCUCAUGUCGCUGGUUCAAGGCCAUUUCGCUUGUCAGAAUUUACCCCUAACAGGGCCUCUAAACUGGGAUUCAAGAAUUGCCGAAGAUAAUAAUAUUAGAGAAUAAUAUUAUAUAAGACUUACUAUGCAGCGGGACAAAUUGCUUGAGAUUUAGAAAACAACUCUUCUACUUUUUCUUUUGUUAAUGAGAUUUUACUAUAAUUUAAUGUUCACGUUUUUCAGAUAUCCUUGAUCUUGGUCCACCGCGAAGCAGCCUGGGUACAAUAAUAAGGAUUGACUUAUGGACGUAUGAUGUUAUCCAUGUUUGCAACUUAGGUAAUAAUUAACAAUUAUUCCUCAAGCCUGAAUGGGCUCUGAGUCAAUAGCCCAUGAGGCCGAAUGGGCUAUUGAAUCAGAGGCCAUAAGGGGGAGAGGAAUAAUAAUUUAUUGUUUUAGUAAAUUCCAACUAGUUGGCCAAAAAUAUUGAGAUCAAACAUCUUUAGCUAGCAAAACGUGAUUCAGCCGCCGUUGUUUUGGUUUUCAAAUCCAGUGCUUUUCACUACUAGUGGGUUAUAACAUAUAGCCUAGUAUUAGCUCAACCAAUCAGAAUGUAGCAUUGAUAAUAGACCACUAGCUGGAUUUUACUAAUAUCAAGUAUUAUAUAAGCAUCAAUGAAGUACCCAGUGAGCUUUCGUAUGAAAACAUGAUACCUUCACAAGUGACACUAACAUGUUAUUGUGGCUGUUGUUUAACGAUGCAUAUUUCUAUCAGCCUUUGUUGUACUUUAAAAUGGAAGGACUUCAUGUAUAUUUUAAUUUCAUUAUACUGUAAUACAGAGUUUUGAGAUCUGUCUUCAGAUUAACUGUCUGGUUAUACAAAGGCCCAAGCAUUUUCAAUUUUGUAGUCAUUUUUUUAAAAUGGGACACAUCGGUUCUGGACUGGGACUCAUGAUUUUUCACAAGACGAGUCCCAGGACUCACCAUAACUAUGUGUAACAAAAUGACUUUACAGGUGUAAAUGUAUACAACACGGGGCUGUCAACCCCUCAUGUCUUCAAAUAUUGAGAAUUGAUAGGGAAGGGACAAUAGAUGACAUGACUUCAUCUGUGAAAAAAAAAAAAUGCACAAAAAAGAUGUUGUUUGAAUAAUUACGUCAAAUGUUACAGUUAUUGUAACGUUUGACCUAAUUGGGUUACUUCCCACCAAUUACAUUAUUGCUUACAUUACAAUGGCAUUACCGGAGUUUGUGAGGAAACGUUCGAUGUUAACAGUAAAAUAACUCAAACAAUGCAAAAUAUUUGACAUUUCAUUGUCAGAAAGUCGAAUCUACAAGAAAUGGCAAACUUCGCAGAUUAUCCGGGAGAUUUCAGACGCUAAUCUGCAGAUCGGGAGAAAUGGUUCAAAAUCUAGAGUCUCCCAGCUUAUCUGAGAUAGUUGACAGCACUGAUAACUUUAUGGCCCAUUCCUUUUUUAGGUUGACUUUCUGGUAAGCAACCACCUUCCGAAAGCUGCCUUUUUUUGCUGCACUAAAGGUGGCUGCUUAACUUUUUACUCCUUCACCAUGUUAAGGCCAGAUUAUUUCUUACUGUCUCUAAGUUUUAAAUCCGUGAAUGAAAUCCUUUGAUGUUACCUUUGAAAUAAAACCUCCGUGGUAGAACACUUGCAUAGUACUAUUUAUUUCUUGGGAAAUUUGAAUGUUUUUGUUUGAGAAUUGGCUAUUAUUAGGAGUGAAACCAUUCAGAGAGAGCAAACUGUGCCCUUUUAGGAAGUACUGACGCAUGCGAUUAUUUUUGUGCCAGCAUUGACUAAAGAAGCAGAAUGAUAUUUCCAACAUAGCUUUGUCACUUGGCAAAUAGUUGGUUUUUAUUUGCUUCAUCAUUUUAUGAAUAACUAUAUUAAUUUAAUAGUUAUUUUUUUGAUGUUAAUUUUCCUUUCUUCAGCUCUUAAACAGGAUUUUGGAGGCAUUUCUGGAGGAUGGGAAACUGCUUCCCAGUUAGGUAACAUUUUAUGCCAGAGCUGUGUAGGGCUUACAUUACCAGAAGUUAAAGAAUAUGAAGAAACGUUUCUUCCUGAUGUGGUUGAGAACUUGCUAACAUUGGCGGCCAAAUUACUGGACUUCAGUGUUAAAGCAAAAGUGGUGAGUGUCAAAGAUUAAUAUGUAUCUGCAAUCUAGUGGUACAUUUUUUUUUUCACCAGAAUGUCAAUAUCGUUUUAUAUGGAACCUUGUGUCCUGUUACAUAGUCAACUUUAUUAUAUAAACACCAAUGAAAUACCAAGUGAGCUUUCGCUUGAAAACUUGAUAUCUUUACAUGUGAAAAUAACAUGUUAUCUUCACAUGUGAAAAUAUCACCAUUGCUAUGGCUUCAUAAUAAACCACACCAUUCAGACCAAAAAACUAUUUAAGUAAAAUGGUUUGGCAUUUCAUUGGUGUUUAUAUAAUAAAAUAAUAGAAUAUUACAUGGUCGCUUGGAGAUACGAAAUUUCUCUUCUCAUGUUGAAAAAAAUAUUUCAUGCAUUCGCUGCACUCGCAUGUGAAAUGUUUUUCAACACUCGCAGAGAAAUUUCGUAUCUCCACGUGGCCAUGUAAUAUCCUCUAUGUCUUUAACCCUUUUAAGUCCAAAGAGUGCCCAAAAUAUCAAUGUUUCGCAAAAAUAUCAAUAAACAAUCAAGACAAAAUGUUAUGAGAAUUUGUUUUAAUAAAAUGAUCAUCUACAUGUAAGGGAAAAUGUUUGAUCUUUUACAGAGCUUUUAGAAAGAUUUCAAUGUGCAGUGUAGUACAUGUAGUAGGCAGAGAAUCAAACAGCUAGAGAUUUCUUAUGGUUCUUUUAUUUUCUUGUAUCUUCAUAUCAAAUUAGUUGGGGAUCACAUUCCUCGUAGCCAGGGGAAAUCCCUGACCCCUUGCCCUUAACAGGGCUUCUGAUAUUUCCUGCGGUCGCAGGCCGCGAAAUUUAGGUAAAUCCACAAAAUUCUGUGAAAUUCACCAAAACACACAAAAUGCGGCAAAAUUGAGUAGAAAUCUUACCAAAUACAUGUUUGUACAACAUAUUUGAAACUUAUCUCAGCUAUUGGGGCUAUUUACUUGCCGUAAACGUGCAAAUUUAUCUUAAAACUUCGUCACUAAAAUGUGCUUGCAAACAAUACCCCAAAACUACAGGCAUAGAUUACAUUGCGAAAAACUGGGCACUAGCGAUGAUGUUAAAGGCUUUACCAUUGGUUCAUUUCUGGAGCAUAUUGUUGUUGAAAGUGCAAAUGAUGACCUCUGUUAGAAGAACAUCAAAAACGCUGGUCUGAUCAGCGCAAAACCGAUCGAUUUCAAGUGAAAUUUGCCCUAAGAAUAACCAUAAAAUGGGCUGGUUUUUACCGAUUGCUUUUCUGCGAAGUUUGCCCUGAAAAUUCCCACGAAAUUCCCGUGAAAUCGACUGAUUUUUCUGCAAAUUUGUCCUGAAGAAUCCUGCGAAAUUUGACUUUUUUUUCAUGACCUAUCAGAAGCCCUGCCUUAAUGACAACCUUGGUUUUUCAAAUUCUCUCUACAACAGUCGAACCUUCACUAAUGGCCACCUCUCCACAACCGCCACCUCUCUACGACGGCCAGUUUUUUUGGCUGACAGUCCAUACAUUGACUCUUGUUUCAACCUCUCUACGAUGGCUACUUUGUUCUGUCCCCAAGGUGGCCAUUGGAGAGAGGCUCAACUGUAUUCUAUAUGGUAUUGUACACUGUAUGGAGAUCAGUCUUGAGAAUGAAAAAACAUUUACAGGGACAAACUGUAGGUGCCCGUUAAGAGUGAGUUGACUGCAAUGCAGUGAAGGACUUGAAAUGUACAGCUUGGGCUUUGUUUCCUCUACAUUAUCUUUACCUGUAAUGCUUAUAUUGGGCAGGUGUUGGCUUAAGAUUGACUCAAAACCUUCUAAUACUUUUUGUUUACAUGUAUCUUUAGGAAAGGGAGAAGAACUCAAAUUUCCAACAUUUCAGAAAGACGAUGAAUUCCUUGGAGUGGCUGUACAGCUACCAUGUUUUCCUUACUUCCAACGGUAAAAUACUUUCUUUGUAACCGCUGCUGACAAAAGGUGGAUUUAUUUCUGAGACAGAAAACAGUCCUUGGCCAUGGAGAGAACUUGUCCUAGGGAGAAGGGUCACUCACGUACCCAAGCCACCCUGAACGAGCCAACUUUUUGUUCAUUUCCUUGUAAAACUUAGCACUAGCACUUCUAGAAUGGAGACUCUUUUGCAUGAUGGCAGGGUCACCCUCUUAGCCGGACAAACGUUUCUCCAAUAUACAUUGUAAACACUAGCUUUGGCUGCCCAAGCUGGGUCAACUCGGUCAAGAUGAGAUAAUCAGAGCAUGCGCAAGCCCUGCUUUGGCCUGGGCAAAGGUGACAAGUUUUUUCCCUUACAAACGCUCGCCCAAGUUGACUCGGCUGAGAGGAUGACCCUCAUUCCUGGUAAAACUUUUCUCCAUACAAAUUGGGCCUUAGAUCAUGGUAGCUCUGGCAAGUUGUUAACAGGUCAAUACUCGAUCUCAAUUGAUUUUGACUUCAGUUCUCGAUUUUGCUGAAAUUAACAUACUGUUUCCUUUUCUACCAGCUUUUACUUGUUUUAAUUUGUCUUGGAAAAAUAUUUUUACAAAAUAAACGUCUGGGUUAUAUUUAUCUAGUGUUAAUUAGAUCUCACAGAAAUAGCAGUAUUAGUAGUUGAUAAUCAUUUUAAUAAAAAUUCAUUUUUUUUCAGUUUUGCAUUCCAAACGUUUUUUACACAUUCUCAUGACCGAAGACCUUGAAGCAUCUUUAUUUAUUUUGUUGAUCCUGGAAAAUCUCUUUAAAUCAAACAGGUGAAAAUAUGUUUACAUAUUUCCCUUUUUAUGUCAUACUCGCAAGACAGUGUAUGAAGGGUUACAGUCAUCCACCGGGGAACUACAGAUGAUAUGGAGUGCACAGAGGCAUUUUUAUUAACAGUACAAAAGUAGUCUGACAAGUAUAGGGUCAGUUAUUUAAAUAAAGGUUAACUCAGGCCCUGGUUUAGCAAAUAUUUAGACCUCCAGAUUCGUAGUAAAUAAAAAUACCUUUCUAGUCUAUUCUCAGGCGGUGUUGGACACGGUCCGAAGCGCUUCAUGGGAAAAAAAAUGAAAACGGCUCAUUUGCAUCUGACCCACUCUAUUACGUGCUAUCAUGAAACUUUUCAUGAUAAAUUAAUGGUAUUAAGAUAAAGUGUUAAGCAAAGUAAAAAUGGAUUAGAAUAUGACUUGGUUAAAACUUUGGCUAAAUUCUGUUUAAAUAACCAGCCCGUACUGUUGCUUUAGGGCCAAGUUUUCUAAAAUUAAGGACUUGUUUGUGACUUGUUUGUUCCAUCAGAAGUGUUAUGAAAAAGUUGCAGCCAAGCGUUCUUUACAGUAUUUUGGAUGAAAUUGUUUUUAAGAUAUCGGCCUCAGAAGACUCUUCAGUUGCAAGGUACAUGUAACAGCAGGGUAAAUUUAUAAUAAACAACGAAUACUUCAUGGGAAGUUUGUGCAUAUGGUGUGCACAAGUUGUUGACGUAAUAUGAGAAAUAAAACAAGUGAGGGCAGCAAACAAGUGAGAUUCCUGAUACAAAAGCAAAGAGUGCUUAAGUACCGUACCGUACAAAGCACUUUCCAUGUGUUUUGUGUCUAUAUAGAGAUUCCUCCUUCUGUCAGCCUUAUAAUUUUUUAUUUCAAAUCUUUUAAAAAAUAUGCUAAAAUGACAUGAUGAAAUCACAAUGUGAAAAAAACAUCAUUUGGUGAUUCUGAGUGGAGAUAUCAUUUAUCUUGUGUGUAAGAAACGUCGUUCACUCCUCAGAUUGGCUGGGACUCACUCGCAUAUGAAAAUUUACAACGUAGCUUUUCAAUGUCAGAGUAUAUCUCUCAGACAGAAUCCAUCAGGAAAUUGAGUAAUUUUAAUUUUCAGCAGACAAAAACCUUGUAUCAGAAUAAUUUAAAGUAUAAUUUAAAUUAUUUUUUACAUUUUUCAAGGGCUGUAGAUAUCUGUAAUAACACCAAUCUAAGUGUCUGUAUUUGUUUUCUUUUUUGUAACAGAGCUUCAAUUCAUCUCAUCUUAACAGCUACUGAUAUUCAUCCACCUCUCAUUGAAAUACUGUUAUCAAAGAGAUACAGGUCAGUUGUUGAUCAACUCUGUCUAUAUCAUGCCAUAAAAAAUACACAGCUAAUCAGGAUACAGUAAAUCUUUUGUAUAUUCGACAGUAUUACACUCAAUCUUCCUGUGACAGAUCAAGAAGUUGAUAUUUUCAUUGAAGAACAAAGAAACUCAAGAACAAAAAAAAUGACAUUUAGAUGUUAGCAAGUUUUUCAAGCCCAUUCAGAAGUGGCCUGGUUCAGAUAUUUUUCUCAGUUCAGCGUGAAAAGAAAGUAGUGUCCGAUAGCCCAGGGCUAGUGAAUUUUGCUAUUGGGCUAGUGAAUUCUGUUUUAAACUUGCCCAAAGGGCAAGUGAUGUUUUUUGAGGAAUUCGGAUAACAGAAGAACUGUGAAAUCAAUUCUGCUAGUUAAGACAUUUUGGGGCUAGUUGAAAUGACAUCUGGGCUAGUAGAUGCUAGCUUCAGCUUGCCUGAAUGGCAAGCUGUAAAAAUGAUUUUCUUUAUACCCUGCAGUUGCAGUAGUGUUUAAAACUUAGUUAAAUUAAGUAUUGUUUUUGGUUAUACUGUGUGUUUCAGGGGCUUGAAAGCUUACCUCAGCAAAUGGAAAUUUAGGGGAUUUGACAAUGACGUCAGGAGGCUGGUGGCAUUAUUAGAGGCUGGCUCCAUUGCUCAGGCAGAACAACUGGUAUAAUUAUCAACUCCCUCCACUCAUUACUGUUUAUUAAGUUAUGAACAAAGUACGUGCACAUCAUGUUCUUCAUUGGCAACCAAAUUACUUGAGUCACUUUGCCCGAAAGGGGCUUUCUGUAGCCUGCGAAUGGUAGACAUUCUUCCUCACUCAUCACUGCUGAAGGACGUUUCACGAGGAGGAACAUCUGCAACUCAGUGACAAAAAUUCCAAACUGAUGACGUAAAUCAAUGUUUACAUAAUAAAUCCGGUAGUCAUUGGGUUCCAAAUUGAAAUUUGUUCAAUUUUUAUGUUUCUCCUGGUCCAUUUUGGUAAAGUGUUGUAUUUAUCUGUUAAUGAGCUCCAGCAAAACUCAAAUGCCUCUUCUAGAGAAGACUAUAUUCCACAAAUAUUGACUGUUUUGUUAGAGAUUCAUCACAUUUACAUUUGACCUUUGUGGCCUUUUGUCUUUUGUCUGUCAUUCGUAAACAAUAGCUAAAACAAUGAAACUACUCCUUUGACUAAUUAGCUCUUCUGACUGGAAUCCGGACAGAUUUUGCGUCAUCAGUAUGGAAUUUCUGUUGCUGAGUCUCAGACGUUCCUCCUCGCAAAACGUCCCUCAGCAGCGAUGAGUGAGGAGAAACAUCUGCCAUUUGCAUUUUACUGACUUCAAAAGGGGAAAAUAAAGCUUUUCCUCCCCCAUCCCCUCCAUGCCAUGUUGUGCAGAUGUUUUUAAGCUACCUACGGAAAACAACAAACACCCCAAGUUUGAAUGGAGGGGAGAGGGGAGGGGUGUGGAAUCUUUUGUUCUCUGCAGUUACCCUAUUUGAGUACAAUGUCUCAACAAUUUUGUCGCCGGUUGUAGGCUCUGAGCUGGAGGAUGCCUUUUCGCCCCCUACUUACAAGUGGAUCCACAGCAUAGCAAGUUCUGAAGUGGAAUAGUAAAAUCUCCUUUUGAAUGUUGAAGUUUGUGGUUUUGAAUGUAUGGAUUACCACCUGUGUUUCUAAUAGGCUUGUUUUGGUAAAUAAAAUUCAUCAAGUGUUAAUAGCAAGUCUGAAGGGAAAUAAGAAAGAAAGCAAGGGAAUAUUUUUGUUCAAAUUCUUUGUUUGUGGCAAAUAUUUGACCUUGCUAUCUAAUUGAAUUUUGAUCUUGUCAACUGACCAUACAACAUGUCUUUUAGACUUAAAAACAUGUACCAGAGAUAAAAAAUAAUCAUGUUUGCUUUUUCUGUAGAGAUUAAACCGAGCAGCUACUGUCAUUCAAGCAUUUUACCGUGGCUCAAUGCAACGGAGGUCCCUCAAACAUGCUGAAUGGGGAAUCAUACUUCUUCAAAGAAAAUUCAGACAAAGACGGCUGGACAAAGAGCAAAGGAGAGCCAAAGAAAAGCAACAGGAACAAGACAAACUUGUGCUAGAACAGAAGAGAAUCAGUGAAUUUCGCUCAUCCAUGAAGAAGCAGUUGAAGAUGUUAGAGAGUGUACCAGCCAGGGAAGUUAACUUAUACAUGGCUGACCAGCAAGUCCAGGCAGCAAGUAAGAUUCAAGCAGCAUUCCGUGGAAUGGUGGCAAGAAAAAGGGUCAAUGAACGAAGAAAUGAAGUUAUGCGAGAUAGAGCUGCAGUUACAAUACAACGACAGGUAACUGUUACAUGAGAAAGAUGUCUUUGAUUCAGUGACACAAGUGACUCAGAAAAAAAUCUGAAUACUCCCAACAACCUAAGACCUUCCCAUCACUAGUUCAGGUGCUCUACCACUGAGCGACAGGAGACUUGCAGGAGCUAAGGACACUAAACUAGGUUCAUGUGACAAACAUCCUGCACAGACUGCUAGGUCUGGAAUGUCUAUAAUAUGUGUUGGGCUUGAUGAACUGCGAGCCAUGCAAGUCACAUGAGCCAUUGGUAGAAAUAAAGUAAAAACUGCAAAUUUACAGAUUAGGAGUUGAGCACUCAUUAUACUGUUUAGGGUUAAAGGGACACAGUCAGCUAUAGAACCACGCUGACCUGGACACUAGUUUUGCCAGUUUGAAAAGCAUUUACCUCAACCAGAAAUCAAAUGUACGUGUCGGAUACAUCUAGAAAUCCGCUUCAGUCUUGCCUAGUGUUUCAUUAGAUCCUUGAUCUUUAAUUGAAGACCUCUUUAUCAGCAAACUUUUACUCAUUCUUUGACAUUAUUUUAUCAUAUUUGGUUAAAAACAGUAUCCAAAGGAACAUGAAAAGAAGAGGUGAGAAACACGUAGGCACUGGGCGGGAGAAAUUGCCUUCGAUUACGAAAAUAUAUAUAUUUGGAAAAUCGACGGAGAAAGAAUAUAUAUAUUUACUAUAGAAAAUGGAGCUUUCUCAACCUUGAACCUUCAACAAUAAUUCAGACUUCAUGUCAUUUCUCACCUCUAUUUAUAAAGUACGGAUUCUUCGAAUUUGAAAGCAUUCAUCGGUGUCUGGCUUUCCCUGGACAAAUCCAUUGGUAAAUUCUCUAUGGGUAUAUAAAAAAUGAGUGCUCCGAUAUGGCUGAGGGUCUAUAAUUAUGACUUUGGCUUGUAAUAUUAUUAGUUCAACUCCACAAGGUUCGUUUAGAGUAUUCCAGAUGCGCUUCUCACUUUCUGUUUCAAGCAGGUGUCUUGUGAUAUGCAAAUCAACUAAGAAAUGGUAUCUAAUGCGCAUGUGCACCAGCUGACUGCAGGGGCGUAGCGUCCUUUAUGCAAAUACACGUGCAUACUCGAGAAAUUGGUAGGAUUUUAUUUUAUUUUUUUUUUAAGAUUUUCUGCUAUAAGUAAAAACCAUUUGUAGUGUCGUGACUUGACUUGGUAUUGUCCAGGUUUGUUCUUGUCUGUCUAAAACAUUCUUGAAAUGUUGCCUUAAGAACAGAAAAGAAUCGACCCUGACUAAUUAUCAUUCCUUUUAACAUUUAUCUGCAAAGUUUUCCCAUUCAAAAGCUUUUCAUUUUUUAGUUUUCUCUCUCUCUAUAAAUGUCGAAAAAGUCUUUCAAAGACUACUUUAAUCUUGCUCAACUUGGAAAUCAUGGACCAAACCACCCGGAAGAUAAUCCACGUAAGCUCAAGCAAACUAUUAGGUGCAUGUGUGGCCAUGGCGCGGUAUCAACAAGAAUUUUGCAGAAAAAUUAAUUUCCUCCUAGCAGACAGAUGUACUAUUUUCUUCAAUGACAAACUUUAGAGAUAUUCAGAACAGCUGAAAAUAAAUACAUGCGGCCAAUAAUUGUUUGUUCCUUUCCCGUGCUCAUGAUCGAAAUAAGGGAAAAACUCAAAAAGUCAGCAAAGGACUAAGCAUGGACCAAAUCUUACUGACAAGCAUGCGCAUGCACAAUUCGCAAUUAUUCCAACCGAUGCUUUUAUAAACUCCAAAUUUCUGAACAAAACGACGCCUCUCCUUGUGCUAAUAAACAUUCCAGCACUAGCUCAGAGAAGAACAUUUUAAAAGCUUUUUUUGAUAUCACGUUCUAUUGUAAACAAGGCUGUAAAUUAAAAAGCAAGCAAAAGCAAAUUAAAAACGUUAUUUUGUUUAAGUUUUUAAAAAACCAUCAGACCCAUGUGCGUACUUGUCAAAAUGGUCAUGCUACGCCCCUGGACUGUGUCCCUUUAAGGACUCAUUGUACUGAUUAGGGUUAAGCUUUCAUUUUGCAGAUUAGGGUUAAGCACUCAUUUUAGGGCUAGGGUUAAGUGAGUUAAACACUUAUUUGCAACGGUUAGCUUUCAGUCAAUGUUUUCCAUAAUAAUAUUAUUACUGUUUUUGAUUUUUUUUUUUGUAUUUCUUUUAAUGAGUCUUCAAUGGACUGCAUGGCUCGAAUGGCUCGCCAUUUUAUCCAAACUCAUAUGUGCUGAUGCACAAUGAUUGAAAUGUGAUGGUGAAUUUUAAGCCUUGUUAACGCACAAGAAAGAUGUUUUUCUUGUCAGAGACACAGGCACCUCUGAAGGAAACAUCGGAGCACUCCUAAGACAGACUGCUAAUAACCUGAUGUAUGAGUUGUUUCAUCUGUGAGGAAACAGUCUUCAUCUUUUAUUUAUUUUUGUUUUACUUACUUCUUUGUUGAACAAGGAGAUGGCAGAGUGAUCUUUGUUCUCUGUUAUAAAUUGCAAUGGCAAUACUUGGGCAUUACAACAAAGAGUAUGCAAAAUGUAACUGGUACAAAAAACCCUUGAUCAUUUAGUCUAACAUUUUUGAAAUUUUUGUUUUUCAUUUUCAUUGUUUCUUUAGUUUCGCCGUUAUCAGAAACGCUUGGCAGAUAGUAAAGCACCAUACCCUGUUGUUCCUGGAUUGACUGAUUCAAGAAGGGCUGAACUCCAGAAUGCAAUUGCUGACCGUCGUCAAAAGUAUCCAGUAUGUGUUCAAUCCCAGUCAGUAAAGGGUAGAGAAGUGAUAGUGUCAAAAAACGAAAAUUAUCUAUCAGUUAAAAAUUGUGGGAUUGGGUGGGCUAAUCAGAGAGAGUAACAUGAAAGAACACUUUUAAAAAUCAGUUUGCUUUUUAAAAAUAUCCUCAGACUCAAAAGUUAGAACCACCUUAUACAACAUAAUAAGCAGUCCCACAGAAAAGUACUGCUUAGUAGCUUUUAUUUGAAUGGUGACACCAGGAUUUCAUCCACAGACUCAAAAGUUCUAUAGGACCUUCUUGUAUAAUAAACUGCACCACAGUUAACUACUGCUCAGUAGCUUUUAUGGCCACACUUACAUGUACAGAUUUUAUCUAAAAUAGUCUGUGAAGUGUUGUGUCAUUUACUUUUAAGAGGCCAUUUCUCUAAAUAACUGUUACAACAGUUUCAAGGCUUGAAACAUUUUCGUUUUUGCUCUUGUUUGUAGCCAAAGCACAGAACCCAAGAUGAGCUCCAAGAGCUUCAUGAUAAGGUACUACUACAUAAGCUGUAUUCAUCCUCCAUUAAGCAGUCAUCCUCAGGGUACUGGCAAGUGGCCCCUAAAUGAAGACUGGCUGCUCACCAGAGGUUCAUUUGUUAAAGCCUGGUUCUCAUAUACCACCAAUGUACCUGUGACAUAGCCGCCGGUACUGCCUGGGCUACAUCUCGGACGAAUGAGAACAUGCACCGCCAACAACUUGAGCCACCACAGAGCUUUACUGCCGGCAUGCCUGCUUAGUUGAACUCGAGUCAACUUCGCAGUCAUGCCGGCGGUAAAGACUGGAAUGAUCAAUGUUGCCGCCACUUCUGUUCUCAUAUCGGAACAGUAUCCCAGGCACUAACGGCGGCCAUGUCGCAGGCGCAUCGGCGGCAUAUGAGAACCAGGCUUAAGCAGAAUCAUCACUUUUAUAAUUUGAAACAAACACAUGGCAGUAGCGGCAUUACUCGUCCGCAGUCAGCUGUCACCUUGUAUCUCAAACUGUAUUUUCAUUCAUAAAGUCAAACUAAGUGUAUCAAGUGCUUGAUGGCCACUUAAUGGAGGUGACAGCAAAAGGGGAACUCUUGACAGGAUGGCCAAGAGAUUUAACUUACAAUAAUUCAUUUAAUUUCUGCAAUCAGGACUUUUGAUUACUGGCUUUUGAAAUAGCUGGCGACUAAAUGGAGGUUCAACUGUUAUUUGACUUGUUAGCCUCAACACUGUCAAAGAAAAUGCAUAAUAAGACUGUGGCUAGUGGAGCGAUAAGUGCUGUAGUGUUGAUCUCUUCAUUUGCCCAUUAAUUUGAUUUUUUUUCUCUGAAAGGCUUUUUCCUUACUUGCCAAUCAUAUGUUGUCUAACAUGAAGAUACGAAAGACAGAGCAAAGGAGAGAAGGACUGCUGGCCAGACUGAAUGUGGAUGCAGAUCAGCUGCUUGGUGAGCAAAAUUAUUAAUUCUUAUGUGCUUUGCAUUAAGUGUAAUUUAAGGCUUACAUUUUGUUAUCCUGUGUUUAUGACCCCACUCCCCCUCUGAUUUUUUCCUGAGGGGAGGGGGGUUCUGUACAGAAGCUAACAUUUUGUAAACUUGAGCUUCACAAAGAUCAGUGUUCUAUUCCCGGUCAAGCCGGGAUUUUUUCAGACUCUAUUUCAAUGGUAUAGGUUGUUCAAUUCACUGCAAAGAUCUUGUUCACUUUCUCAUCUUCAUCCACAGUUCAAAGUAUGAUUCAUUUCAUUUUUUUAAAUCAAUAUGUAGACUUUUGUUACAUAUUUGGUAUAUACUUGAAUUCAACUCCUUUUUAGCUGCUCCAAAGCUUCAUGAGGUUUCUCCAGACAGUCUUGAUGCCUUUACAUCAAGAUCAGCACCUGUGAUAACUAGAGCACAGCAAUGUCACAAUGAAGAUAUGCGUAGACUUAAACUUCCAUGGUGGAAAAAGUUAUGGGAUGAAGACGAUGCUGAGAGGAAUGAUGACAAGGAAAAAGCUGAAGACAUUGAACAAUUGAACUUCUAAAUUCUUUUCAUUACAGUCGUGACUUUUAUUAUUCUCAGCUCCUAAAACUUUUGAAGUCUUUACUAUGAUGGUUAAAAACGCAAGGUAAUUUUGAAGGAACUUUCUGGGGUAUAUCAGAAGACAACUGAAUUUUUAGGCACAUACACCUAUCAUAGUCCCACAAGGUACACGAAAUUGGUGACAGGAAUAAUAAAGUUAAAUACUAAACAACUAAUACUUAACAACUACCGGUAAUUAUGACUUCUAAAUUUACAAACACUUGAUAAAAUAUUCCUAUAAACCAUACACCAUAAACGACACAGUUGUGGAAAGCUCAUGUUAAGCAUCAUAAAAUUAUCAAGAACUACAUUUCCUGUUUAUAGCUAAGAGUGUUCUUUCAUGACAAAUAGAGUCACAAAAGAUAUCAGUUUACAAGUAUUAUUUGUGCACUAGCUUACUUUUUGCUAGCCAUUAAACCUUAAUUCCCUGCAUUUAACUGUUGAACUUGUUUAAAAGUUCAAUGUAUUGGCUGUAUGCAAUCGAAUGUAGUAGUUCAUCACAGUGGUUUGUGUAGUGUCCACACAGUGUAGCUCACCCCAGUAUUCCACUGAUCCACAGAAGCACCUGUAGGACGCUGAGAGUUUGCUGCUACAACUUUGUAUCCAUAACCCUCCAGCUUGUUAAGCACUACAUGCGGUGGACGAUCGGAAAUACGGUGCGUUUGGAAAUAAUUCUGUGCAUGUGUGUGAUACUGCCCGUGUGUGUAUUGUGAAAUGACUUCCAGCCGGGUACCGCUGCCGUUUCCAAUGACCUGUUGAGAUCUAAAAUACGUCGAGAGGAAUGUACCCAGAGCUUGGCUGUUUUCAGUUACUUCAAAAUCAAUAAACGUUUGAUUGGAAAAUGACCCAUUCGGAUUCAUUGAGCUGCGAACGAAGAUAUACGGCAUUGUAAAUUUUAUCACUUGAAAUAAGCUUCCAAAGCAUCUACAAAGGCGGAAGCGCUUGUCUUUUUUCCUUUCUUGGUCUGCCUGUGACAAAGCCACACAUGAUUGUCAUGAUUUUCUCGUUUUCUAAUUUCCAUGAUCGUUUGACUUUCGAAGAAGGGAUUGUGCUGGUC